AUGGCACUGCGUGCAGGCGUUGCUGUCGUGUUCUGUUAUAUCAACCAGGUUACCAUUUUCGUCGCAUGUAUCACGAUCAACGAGAAGAGAACAGAACAGAACCGUCACUAUAUGACGUGCAAGGUACUCGAGAAGUCUAGUGACGACACCACACCAGACUGCUACAAGUUUUGUUGCACCGGCAGAAAACCUAAAAGUACCAGAGAAGCGGAAAGUUUUCUCGACAAAGUCCCGAAAUGGAUUUUACCAAGACUAUUUGCUCCUGUGUGGGGAAAGAUUAUCAUUCUUCUGUUAUUUUGCGUCUAUCUUGCUGUUUCUAUAUGGGGGGUUACACAGAUGAAGGAAGGACUAGAUCUACGUAAUUUAGUUGACCCAGAUUCUUAUUACUAUAAAUAUAGAGGAUGGCUUGAUGACAAUUUUCCUGGCGGAACCCCUGUUUCUAUCGUUUUUCCUGAUAAAAUGACUUAUUCUGAUUUUAAAAUUCAGUCUCAAAUUAACGACCUUCUAGCAACUGUUAAAUCUGAAGACACAGUCCUAAACAGUUUCGAAAUUAAUUGGUUGUCUUCUUAUAAAAUGUACCCGACAUACGACAACUCCUCAGAAGCAAAUUUUGUGACAGGUCUCUGGUCUUUUCUUGCCGAUAUAACGAACAAUCGAUUCCGUAAUGAUAUAAUCAUUGAUAAUAGUAGCAUGACUAUCAGGUCGUCUCGUAUACAUUUAAUGUCUGAAAGCAUUAAAGAUUCCCAGGAUCAAGGUAAUUUCAUGUUGACCAUGAGGAAUAUAGCAGACGACAGUUCCUUGUCAGUGUUUUUGUUUUCACCGGCCUUUAUAUUCUAUGAACAAUACGUUGUUGUGCUUUCUCAGACACUACAGACAAUGGGAAUCGCAGUUGCUAUGGUGUUUGUUGUCACCUUCAUAUUUAUGCCACACCCACUGCUCCUCGUUUACGUCAGUGCGGCUGUUGCCAUGAUAACGGUCGGAAUAUUUGGCUUUCUGCCAUUUCUUGGACUCACAUUAAGUUCCAUUACUAUGAUCCAUAUAAUAAUGAGUAUUGGUUUUUCAGUCGAUUUUGUCGCUCAUAUUUGCCAUGGUUACAUGAUUGCAGAAGGCGGAAGCAGAAAUGAACGCAUGCGCAAUGGAUUAAACAAAUCAGGUGCUCCAAUUUUCCAUGGCGCGGUCUCCUCGAUAUUAGGGGUGGUCAUGUUGGCGGCUGCUAAGUCGUACGUAUUUUUCUCAUUUUUUAAAGUCAUGAGUAUUGUCAUCACGUUUGGAAUCGCCCAUGCGGUGUUGCUACUUCCCGUUAUUUUGUCUUUAAUCGGGCCUUCCGUGCUGAAACCGAAAGCGCUGCAGAAAACGAAACCGGAAGCGCAGUCCGGCAUUGAUCACAACGGCAUUAAUAACUUAGCUCUCAAAGUAGCUUAA